GAAGUCCAAUUUCCUCCCCAGAGUGACACAGCCAAGGUCUCCCACUUCUUUCAUUUCCCUGAGGAAAGAAACCCAUGACAUUUGGUGCCCCGGAAAGUGAAGGGAACAGGGAGAAAUUCCAGUAAUUCCUGUUAUCUGCAGGCUAUAUAAGCUUGUGCAGUGACCGGCAGGCACAGUCUUCCCUCCAGAGCUUCAGCAACAGGAUGCUUGGGUCCAUGGUCCCCCUGCUGCUCAUCCUCCUCUGCCUCCAGGGUGUUCCAGCCCUGAAGAUCUGCUCCUUCAAUAUCAGGUCCUUUGGGAAAACCAAGAAGGAAAAUGGGCAGGCCACGGACAUCAUUGUGAAGAUCAUCAAACGCUGUGACAUCAUGCUUCUGAUGGAAAUCAAAGACAGCAAUGAGAUGAUUGGUCCAAUGCUGAUGGACAAACUGAAUGGAAACUCAAGAAGGGGUAUUACAUACAACUACGUGAGUAGCCCUCGGCUUGGAAGAAACAAAUACAAAGAGCAGUAUAUCUUUCUCUACAAGGAGAAGUUGGUGUCUCUGAAAAUGAACUACCUCUACCAUGACUAUCAGGCUGGAGAUGUGGAUGUGUUUUCCAGGGAGCCCUUCAUGGUCUGGUUCCAGUCACCCCACACUGCCGUCAAGGAUUUUGUGAUCAUCCCCCUGCACACCACCCCUGAGGCUUCUGUCAAGGAGAUUGAUGAGUUGGUUGAUGUCUACAUGCAUGUGAAACACAUCUGGAAGGCAGAGAACUUCAUUUUCAUGGGUGACUUCAAUGCUGGCUGCAGCUAUGUCCCCAAGAAGGCCUGGAAGAACAUCCGCCUGAGGACAGACCCCAAGUUCGUUUGGUUGAUUGGGGAUAAUGAGGACACCACUGUCAAGAAAAGCACCAAGUGUGCCUAUGACAGGAUUGUGCUCACAGGACGAGAGAUCAUUGGAUCUGUUGAGCCCAAGUCCAGUGGCGUCUUUGAUUUCCAGAAAGCUUACAGACUGACGGAACAGAAGGCCCUGGAAGUCAGUGACCACUUCCCAGUUGAAUUUAAACUGAGGUCUUCGUGGGCCUUCACCAACAGCAAAAAAUCUGUGUCUCCAAAGAAGGGGAGGAAAGCCAGCCACUCCUAGAGACCAGGGUGCCAUUUUGCUAAUGACUCCUUGACACUUGGCCAACAGCUCUAACAGGCAUGAGCCACCCCACCCCGCCACACUUAGGACCAGAGACUGGUCCAGCUGCUUUCUUUCAGCUUCCAACCUGAAUUUAAUCUAGCUUGCACCGGAUUGGUGAAAGAUGUUUUCCUGAGCCCUCUCAGAUUCUAACCUCUCCUGAGGAAAUCAAGGGUAUCUGCAUUCUAGAAGGAUGGUCUUCACAUUCUGAGCUGGACCCCCCCUCCCUUAGUGAUUGCUGCCACGUCUAUCACCUGCCAUCAGAGGGGCUGUGGGAGGAGGAAAGGCAUUGCUUUUCCAUCUUUAUAAGGGGAAUUUGCACCUCUGGAAAUUACUAGAAAUACCAAGGCCCCAGUGGCCCCAUGGUUUGUACAGUUAAGCUGAACUCUCCUGUCAGGCCCCUAUCAUGAAAGUCACUCCAGCCUAGUCACUACCAGUGUGAUGACCUUUUGCAAUUCCAGUCUGACCACAGCCCACACCCCAGCUGCUCACACCUCAGGCUCCCCCCAGCCCACCCCUCACCGGCAUGUCUGGUUCCCUGAGGAGGCCUCUUACCGCUGCCUCCCAAGUCAACCUCAUCUGAAACCCAUGUCCAUCCUGCUUUGCAGGCUUAUCCCUUCACCCAGAACCUAGGCUAAGUGCCCUGAAGUGUGCUUUGUCCCUGUAGCAGUUGUCAUUGUGGCCAAGACCACCAUCAGGGCUCUUUGGGGAACCCUAGAUGACAGGCCCAUUGGUUUGGCAGGGACUUGAGGACUAGGCUGGCUUUCUGCAGCCAAGAAGCCAUAGGGCAAUCUGGCCAGGCAGCACCAUUGACUGCAAACAUGGAGACUAUUUGGUUGGUUUGGCUUUGCUUCCCCCUUUGCUUUGGAAGCAAGAGAACGUAGACAAUUCUGCCAGCAGUGGCACAGGCUAAGCAGGGACAGCGACUACACAUCCUGGCUCAGGAGUAUGUGUGCUCUCUGGAGUCUCUGCACAAACAAGUACUGGCACAACACACAGCUCAGUGCUCUCUGCCUGGUCCCACUUCUGCUCAUUUCCCUUAAUACGCCAGGAGCCAUGUGAGCAACUGAAGAAAAAACAGACCUGAUGUUUGAUUUCUGAAACUUGGCAACAUCUGAGGAACUAAAACUGAACAAUUAAAUGGGGGAACUGUCUCCUUCACCACAUCCAAUAAAUUCUCAGAGGUGUUAUUAAAAUGAUGGGAUAUGGGAAUGGCCAGGCUUCUAAGGCUACAGAAUUCCUCUAAGUAGGGCUCAUUGUCCCAAGAGACCUUCCGUUUUGCAAGUGCAAAGCAGUUAAAGCAGAGCUGACCAAAUAGCUCACUUAGAUAGUGUGCUCCUUUGCUAAAUGUGAGACCCUGGUUCAAGCCUAGUACCCACCACAUUGAGGGAAGCUGUGUUGCUGUGUUGCGUUUGCUGUUUCUGACUAUAUUUGAAAAAGUUAACCCUGAGUGGUGAAGUCCUGGAGACAGCCACAAUAAAGAACAAAAACUGGAAGAAAAAAAAA